UUCCACCGUGUAAUGGACAUCCGCACGUGUUAAACAAGUGACUGUUUACAGUACUUGUUAAUUCUAGACUUUAGGUAGCACACACCAACAACAAAAAAACGCCAAUAUUGUUGCAUCUUCCGUCAAACUACAGCGAUGCCGAAAGUGAAGCGAUCCAAAGGCGGAGGAGGAGAGACGAGUGGAGGAGCGGUGGCGCUGGCUGACCAGAUCAUGCAGGCGGACACGGUGCGAGCCCGAGGCCGGAUGAAGAGCAGGGACAGCCGGGCAGAAAACGAAGACAAGUACGUCGACGAACGUCUGUCGCGGAAGAUCUUACAACAGGCACGAAUUCAGCAAGAAGAGCUUCAGACUGAAUAUGGAGUGGCACCACAAAAGAAGAAAACACCAGUCACUGUUCUCGGUCCUGACAAUCAGGAUGCAGACUCCGAUGAGGAGUGGCCAGCGCUGGGACAAGCAGGUGCUGAUGAUGGCGAUGUUGUGUGUGACACCGAAGUUGUUGUGGACCCGGACGACGAGAAGGCCAUGGAAAUGUUCAUGAAUAAAAACCCUCCGAUGAGACGGACCUUAGCUGAUAUUAUCAUGGAGAAGAUUACAGAGAAGCAGACUGAGGUAGGGACAGUGAUGUCAGAGGUGUCAGGGCGCCCAAUGCCCCAACUUGACCCGAGGGUAACAGAAGUGUACAAAGGUGUCAAUAAGGUUCUGUCAAAAUACCGCAGCGGUAAAUUGCCAAAGGCUUUUAAAAUAGUCCCAGCACUUUCAAACUGGGAGCAGAUUCUUUAUUUGACUGAGCCUGAGACCUGGACAGCAGCUGCCAUGUACCAAGCAACAAGAAUCUUCUCGUCCAAUCUGAAAGAGCGAAUGGCCCAGAGGUUUUACAACUUGGUGCUGCUGCCCCGAGUACGGGAUGAUAUCGCAGAGUACAAGCGACUUAACUUUCAUCUUUACAGUGCUCUGAAGAAAGCUUUGUUCAAACCAGGAGCAUGGUUUAAAGGUAUACUGAUUCCUCUGUGUGAAUCUGGUACAUGUACUCUGAGGGAAGCCAUCAUCAUCGGAAGCAUACUCACAAAGUGCUCAAUCCCUGUGCUCCAUUCUAGCGCUGCAAUGCUGAAGUUGGCAGAGAUGGAGUACAACGGCGCCAACAGCAUUUUUCUGCGCCUCUUGCUUGACAAGAAAUACGCCCUGCCUUUCCGUGUCCUAGAUGCCUUAGUGGCCCACUUCCUGUCCUUCCGCAAUGAAAAACGUGUGCUUCCUGUGCUGUGGCAUCAGAGUUUACUCACCAUGGCUCAGCGCUACAAGGCUGACCUGGCCUCCGAACAGAAGACAGCACUGCUGGAGCUGCUCAAGAUACAAACACACCCUCAGAUCUCUGCAGAGAUUCGCAGAGAACUGCAAAACUCAGAGUCUAGGGAUCUUGAAAUUGGGCUCCCUGUUACAGUUGAAAUGGACUGAGGACUCAGUCUGGUCUGGCGCUUUGUCCUCGGAUCCAAAUGAUUUAUGGUUUCUUCAGCAUGAAGACAAUUUUGUCAAAUCUAACUUCAUUAAGGACUGAUUAAAAAAUGUCUGUCUCUCAUUACAGUGUCUUAGGAGCCACAAUUCUGUUCCCUGCUUGGAUAAGUUUGCACAUUUAAAAAUGCACAUUACUAGUGAUGUAGAGUGUUGUUACUUCACCUUACCUUACCUGCCUUAGUAUCUUCAAACAAGAAAUAAAGUUUGAUACUGUUUGGACAUA